GGUGACUGGGUCGCCGCAGUUCAUGUUUCACCUCCUGUCGGUCUCUAGUCGUCUGAUUGUUUUCAUUGCAGCCAGGUUGUAGCUUUCCUGGUUGCUCUUAAACUAGUCGCCUUCUCGGCUCUCAUGGUUUGAAAAAGCACAGACGACAUGACUUUUCUGUUCAGGAUUUAGAGAGUUUAAGUUUUUUUCUACUGGAAACCGCCUGAAGUCAAACGUUUACUUGUCAGCAUGAGAAGUAGGAGCAACUCUGGCGUUAAACUGGACAACUAUGCCCGGGUAGUGCAACAAACUAUCCUCCGGCACCAAGAUCCAGUGACGGGUCUUCUUCCGGGCAGCACAGAAAUGCCAGACGCCUGGAUCAGAGACAAUGUUUACAGCAUCAUCUCUGUGUGGGCCCUCAGCCUGGCCUACAGGAAGAACGCCGACAGGGACGAGGACAAGGCCAAGGCCUACGAGCUGGAGCAGAGUGUAGUCAAGCUAAUGAGAGGUGUCCUCCAAUGCAUCAUGAGGCAGCUAGACAAGGUGGAGAAGUUUAAAUACAGCCGAAGUACCUCAGACUCGCUGCAUGCUAAGUACAACACCAGGACCUGUGCCACUGUCGUCGGGGACGACCAGUGGGGUCAUCUGCAGGUUGAUGCCACCUCACUCUUCCUGCUCUUUCUCGCUCAGAUGACGGCAUCCGGUCUUCAUAUCAUCUACACCCAGGAUGAGGUGGACGUGGUUCAGAAUCUCAUGUUCUACAUUGAGGCAGCUUAUAAAGUUGCUGAUUAUGGGAUGUGGGAAAGAGGAGACAAAACCAACCAGGGCAUCACUGAGAUUAACGCCAGCUCUAUAGGCACGGCCAAGGCAGCUCUGGAGGCGCUGGACGAGCUCAACCUGUUCGGAGCAAAAGGAGGACCUGGAUCUGUGGUCCAUGCGCUGGCUGAUGACAUACAGCACUGCCAGUCCAUCCUGACGUCCAUGUUACCCAGAGCGUCCAUGUCUAAAGAGGUGGACGCCGGAGUACUGGCCAUCCUCACGUACCCCGCCUUCGCUGUUGAGGACAUGAGCAUCGUCAACAUGACGAAGGAGGAGAUCAUCUCUAAGCUGCAGGGUCGAUACGGUUGCUGCAGGUUUCUCAGAGAUGGACACAGAACACCUAAAGAGGAUCCGAAUAGACUGUAUUAUGAGUCUGCAGAGCUGAAGCUUUUUGAAAACAUUGAGUGUGAAUGGCCUCUUUUCUGGACCUACCUCAUACUGGAUGGCAUUUUUAGCAACAGUCAUGAACAGGUGCAGGAAUAUCAAGAGGCCCUGGAGGGGAUCCUGAUCAAACAGAAAGAUGGGAUUCGACUGGUACCUGAGCUCUACAGCGUCCCUCCAGACAAAGUGGAAGAGGAGUACAUGAACCCUCACUCAGUAGAGAGGAUUCCUAUGGGCAAAUGCCCCCUGAAAUGGGGACAAUCGCUGUACAUCCUGGGAAAACUUUUGGCUGAGGGCUUCCUCGCGCCUGGAGAGAUUGACCCUCUUAACCGACGUUUCUCCACCAUUCCCAAACCUGACGUGGUCGUACAGGUGUCAGUUUUGGCUGAGACAGAUGAGAUUAAGGAGCUCCUGUUGAAGAAUGGUAUAGAAGUGGAGACAGUGGCUGACAUCCAUCCCAUCCAUGUGCAGCCCUCCAGAGUCCUGAGCCACAUCUAUGCUCGACUCGGCCGUAACCCGAGGCUGGGCCUGACAGGACGACCGUACAGGAGAAUAGGAGUGCUGGGAACCUCCAAGUUCUACAUCAUCAGGAACACCAUCUUCUCAUUCACACCUCAGUUCAUCGACCACCAGCAAUUCUACAUGGCGCUGGACAACAAGAUGAUCGUAGAGAUGCUGAGGACAGAAAUCGCCUACCUGUCAUCCAGAUGGAGGAUAACUGGGCGACCGACGGUUACUUUCCCCAUUUCCCAAACCAUGCUGACUGAAGAUCACACAAACCUGGAUCCUGCUGUCUUGGCCACUCUGAAGAAGUUACAGGAUGGAUAUUAUGGAGGAGCAAGGAUCCAGACUGGGAAGCUGUCAGAGUUCCUGACCACCUCCUGCUGUGCUCACCUCAGCUUCCUGGACGGUAAGGGUUCUGGCAGCAUGGGCCGCCACGGCGACGAGUAUGAUGAUGAUGAUGACAGCGAUGGAUACGUGCAUGAAUUACAUUGUGAUGAUGAAGCCGACGACCUUGCCCAGUACUUGGACCACCUGUUGGCCCAGUCUGCUCCCAAGAAGCCCAAACGUCAGCUGGGAGGUCUGAGUAGAUUCAAGGCUGCAGCCACUAAAACCAAGGAGAUGGUUUCUCUGAUGAACAAGGCUCAAGAGCUCAACAUACAGAACGUCAACAUGUACCUCCCAAACAAGCUGUUUCGUUCUCGUCAGCCGUCACUCAACCUGAAUCUCCCAGAAAACUCUGUGCAUGAGGAAACUAAGGGUCCAGAGGUGCAGAUAACCGUUGAGAGCGGCAUCCCCAAAGACGCCAGCGGAGCCAUCGACUACAGCGCUUUGGUUCAGCUGCUAAAAGACACGAAAAAUCUCCAGGACCAGGCGGAUAUACUCUACAUCCUCUUCAAAGACAAGGGUAUGGACUGGGACACUCAGCUGCAGGGUAAAGGCAGCACGGUCAGAUCUCUGCUCACUGACCUGUACGAGAAAGUGGGAGAUCUCAAACACUGGGGCCUCAUCAGGAUGAUUUCAGGCAUGCUGAAGAAGAAGGUGGAGGAGCUUGACUCGGCGUGCUCUGAUUUGCUGGCGCACCAGAAGCACCUGACCGUGGGACUUCCUCCUGAACCGAGAGAGAAAACCAUUACUGCUCCGAUACCUCUGGACCAGCUGGCUGCCCUCAUCGACGAGGCCAGCGACAGCAACAUCAGUGUGGCCAUUCUCACUCAGGAGAUCAUGGUGUACCUGGCUAUGAGCAUCAGGACUCAGCCCACCCUGUUCAGUGAGAUGUUCAGGCUACGAAUCGGCCUCAUCAUCCAGGUCAUGGCGACUGAACUGGCUCAGUCACUCAACUGCUCGGGAGAGGAGGCCACAGAGAGUCUGAUGAGUCUGAGUCCAUCUGAACUGAAGAAUCUACUGCACCAUAUCCUCAGUGGAAAGGAGUUUGGAGUGCAGCGCAGUGUGAGAGAGGUGGACGCCGGCGUCAGCCCUGCCAUCUCCAUCCAUCACCUCGGUAACGUUGGUGCUACAAAAAGUGAGAGAGCUGGCAUCAGCAAACUGAAGAGUGACAUGAAGAUGCUGGAGCACAGGUUGUCUUUCUUGGACCAGAGUAAGAUGGACAGGUGGAUCUGUGCGGCGUCUGCAGUGAAGCUCGACCAGCCUCUGACGUCCCCUUGUAAGGGUGUGCAAGCUCAGUCACUGGACAUAGAAAGCACCGAAUCUGGGAGGUACGGAGCACCAUCGGUAGAGUCUCUCGAUAUUCCAGAGAGCUUUCCGGUUUCUAAGGAUACCAGGCAUGGCCAGUGGCUGCGCAGGAGGCGGCUGGACGGAGCGCUGAACCGAGUGCCUGUCGGCUUCUACCAAAAAGUCUGGAAGAUCCUGCAGAAGUGCCACGGCCUGUCCAUAGAGGGAUUUGUUCUUCCAUCUUCUACCACCAGAGAGAUGACCCCAGGAGAGAUAAAGUUCUCCGUUCACGUGGAAACCGUUCUGAACCGAGUCCCUCAGCCUGAGUACCGUCAGCUGCUGGUGGAGGCCAUCUUGGUCCUCACCAUGCUGGCUGACGUGGAGAUCCCGAGCAUCGGCUCCAUCAUCCAUGUGGAGAGGAUCGUCCAGCUGGCUAACGACAUGUUCUACAAGGAUCAGAAGGACCUGGGAGCUGAGGAGCACAUCCUGGAAAAGGACCCAGCCACAGGAGUGUGCAGGCUGCUGUACGACAGCGCCCCCAGCGGCCGCUUUGGGAGCAUGACCUACCUCACAAAGGCGGUGGCGGUGUACGUGCAGGACUUCCUGCCCAGUGGAUCGUGCGCUGUGCAGUGAGAGGACACCAUCAGAUUUAUAUGAUCACCGUGUGUGCAGAGUGAGGUGUUGUUGGCAUUUUCAGGCUGUUAACCUUUAACUACACCAGCAGGUUUCAUUUUGUUUGUAUUUUCUGAGUUAGUUUAAAUUUAAAGGAGCCGGUUCACUAUGCAGCAUCCGCAGGGUCUUGUCCUCAAGGCAGCUUCCUCAUCAGAACAAAGCGCAGCAUCAGCUCCGUCAUCUUGCUGCAAGGCUGCUUCUACAUUUGUCGUUCUGACAAAAAACCCACAACAUCUAAAUUAAAACAUGAAACAGGACAUGAAUGCUUAAUGGUGCCAACUAAAAGGUAACUGGCUGGACUGUAUGACUGUUUCCAAACUGAUGCAUGUGUUUGGACCGAAUUCCAGCUGCAGAAUAAUAAAAAUGA